GGUUUCCAGCAGGUUCAUUCCGCCCGGCAACAGCUGUUGCUACGAAGGUGUUCAUUCCUCCGGCGCGACCUUCCAAGCUCCCGUCCACGGCGUCCGCAGUUCCCUCGCCUUCGUCAAGCAGGCGGACGUCGCGAAGCAGCUACCGAAGCAGCGCUGUGUCUUUGUCAACAGACAGAGAAUUGUGUGCAAUCGUUGAACUGAUGUCGCCGACCAUUGAGACUGAUGAGAACGCGUCGAGAACACCAGUUUAUGGCAGCCGGUCUCGCGCGAAUUCCCUGCUCGAUGUCUAUCGCAGCACAGAGUUGGCGCAGGCCCAGUGCGUUGAUGUAGAUCCGCCCUCUUCGCUCUCCUCCCUGUCUGCCAGCAGCAGCUCGUUGAACGCGGAGUCCACCCAGGACGAUUUCUGCCAGGCUGCUGUCUACUCACCCGUCCAGGCUGCAUUCCCUGCUUUCCACCUGCCCUCGACGCCUCGACGACCCACUUGGGAUGGGGAAUCGCUACCAUCGCUGAAGACGUCGACUUCGUAUAGCUCUCUCUCCACGCCUAGUCUAAGCCGAACGUCUUCGUUCCAUCGCUCGCCACCGGUCAGCCCGACGGCUGCCACCCUGUCUACUCCGGUGGAUAUGACUCCCGUGUCUGCGCACGGUCACCUGGUGCUGGAGGUGAUCGAGGAAGUCAGUCCACCUGAGGAUGCGGAAUCGCCGCGCGAUCUGUUCUACAGCGAUGCGAGGGGGAACUCGUCGCUUCCGAACUUGACCAUGCAGGCGCAACCUGGCUCUGUCCAUGAGUGCGGCCCAAGUCAGGAGGCAGCACAAGAGAGGUCGAGGUCGGACAACCAGCCAGCUCGCGAGCACCAAGUGCACAGACCGAAAACGGCGAACGUCGCAUCUGCGGUUGCAGUGUCGUCGUCGAGAAGCGGCUCUCCUGCUCAACAUGUCUCGCGCACGGUGAUCAACAGGUCGAAGCGAAGUGCAAGUAAUGCUAUCGCACGGUUCUUUACCAAGGAGGUGAAAAAGACACAGACCGUGGAACAUCUUUUCCAUUUCAACGGUUCCGCUCUAAACCUCAGCAUGGCCAAAGCUGAGGAAAAAAAGAGGAAGAAAGCAGCUGCGCGGGCACAAAUCGACAAGCUGGCCGUUGAGAAUGUGCGUAGUCCGCUGGAGGUGCACGCCCAGCGGAACGACCGCCUGUGUCACUAAGGUGGUGUGCUCGCAGUUCUCGGUAUGAGACUGCUGGACCUCUUAACUCGAUCUAUCAGGGAUUGUUGUAUUGAUUAUAUCUAUGUACGCUAUCGGUAAUUGCUGCUAUCCUGCUGUACUCUGGCUAUUAUGAUAGAAUAGAUGCUGAAUCUGACCUCAAGCUCUUAGGUACUGUUCGUCGUGUCGGCCUCUCGUUCUUGUCCGUUGCUGGGUUCAGCGUUCAGAAAGACGAUGCAGUGAUUCCUAUUGUACACAGGACAAGCAAAAACAGUAGUAAUACAUGGAGAAGGGGAGAAUCACAAAUGAAGAAUUCCAGGGGUCGCCGCUGCAGGAGCCUAGCACUUUAGGACUCUACAUGGCGUAAUCUAAUCUAUCAUAUGGCACCAUCACGUCGUAUUACAGCAACAUCAAUAUCACAGCAGUGCGUCGACCUCA